AUGGAAAAGGAAUGCCCGGGAGCAGGUGCAGACUUCUUAUCACUUAUCUCAGAGGGGGUAUCACGAGCCAUUGGAGGACAGAAGAUUUAUAAGAGCUCAAUGAACGAAUAA